UGCAGGUCAGUUAGAUGAUCAGAGACAGAUGAAAAGAGAAGAAUAAAGUGCGGACAAAAUGACGCGCAGCCGCAGAUAACCGACAUUUACACCGCAAAGAGCCGAGAGCUUGUUCACACACCCGGGAAACAUCUAACACGCUUUACACGUUUAACGCAUACAACAGACCCAACACAUGUUUUGUGUUGUUAUUGUGUUGGUUUGUUUUUUGGUAAAAAAAAAAAAAAGGAAGACCAACUUUUUACGCUUUAUUUAGUGAUUUCUCCGAGUUUCUUUUCUGGAGAUUGAAUCUGUUUUUGGUUCAUAUUUGUGGGUUUUAUUUGGUGAUAUAAUGGAGUUCAGUCCGUGUCCAAAGCCACAGCUUUCCUCCAGAGCCAACGCAUUCUCCAUCGCGGCCCUCAUCUCCACCAGCACUGCUAAAGACAAGGAGAGCGAGGAGAACACCAUCAAACCUCUGGAGCAGUUCGUGGAGAAGUCUCGGUGUGUGGACCGCGGCGCUGUGGGUGGAGGUGUGGAGGUGGAGGCGGAGGUGGAGGUGAGCACAGAACCUCUGAUCCCCUGCAGUCCCGCGGUACCGAGUGAACACAUGGCCAACAUCAGCUGCAGCCUCGAGACCAAAGACCUUUGGGACAAAUUCCACGAGCUCGGAACCGAGAUGAUCAUCACUAAGUCGGGCAGGAGGAUGUUUCCCACUAUCCGUGUCUCCUUCUCGGGAGUGGACUCUGACUCUAAGUACAUUGUGCUGAUGGACAUCGUUCCUGUGGACAAUAAGAGAUAUCGCUACGCUUAUCACCGCUCCUCAUGGCUUGUGGCCGGAAAAGCUGAUCCUCCGUUACCUGCCAGGCUGUACGUCCAUCCUGAUUCACCAUUUACUGGAGAGCAGCUGCUCAAACAGAUGGUGUCCUUUGAGAAAGUGAAGCUCACCAACAACGAGCUGGAUCAACACGGACAUAUCAUCCUGAACUCAAUGCAUAAAUAUCAGCCUCGUGUUCACAUCAUUAAGAAGAAGGAGCACACAGCGUCGCUGCUCAACCUCAAAUCUGAAGAGUUCCGUACCUUCAUCUUCACGGAGACCGUGUUCACUGCUGUCACCGCGUACCAGAACCAACUGAUCACUAAGCUGAAAAUCGACAGCAACCCGUUCGCUAAAGGCUUCAGAGACUCAUCCAGACUCACAGACAUUGAGAGGGAAAGUGUGGAGAGUUUGAUCCAUAAACACUCGUAUGCUCGCUCACCCAUACGGACGUAUGCUGGAGAGGAGGAGACGCUUGGAGAGGACACACACACCACACACACCCGGGGAUCUGCCUUCACAGCAUCUGAUAGUCUCUCCUUGAGCUCGUGGGUUUCAGGCUCCUCUGGUUUUUCAGGGUUCCAGCCCCCUCAGUCCCUGGCUCACUCAAUCCAGGGCUCUUUGCCCCCUUACAGCAGACUGGCAGUGCCCCUGGCCCCCCCAGCUCUGACGGGCACCAGUGGCCCGAGCUUUCCGUCUUUCCACAUGCCACGUUACCAUCAUUACUUCCAACAGGGUCCAUAUGCUGCCAUCCAGAGCCUGCGCCACUCCUCUGCUGUCAUGACACCAUUUGUCUGAGUGCCACUUCCUACAGGGGCAGAAAACACACACACACACACACACACACACACUUGCGCUCACAGUCUGCAUGUUGUAACUCCUUAUCUGCUUUAUUUCAAAGGAGGAAACCUUAAAGUGGGUGCAGAGAACAUUUAAACACACACACACACACACACACACACACACACACACACACACACACACACACACACACUUUCAAGAUGUUUUCUUUAUCUUCUUCACAUGUGUGGAAGAAGCCACUUUCCUGUAAAUAACAUGUUAAUUACCUUAAAGACUCACUGCUGAGACACAGGCAGAAGGCAGAGGUCUGGCCAUGUGAGGGA